CUUUGCAUUGCCUGGGUCAAAAAGAAAACUCUGAACUCUAAUGAGAAGAUCUUGCUGCUACUUGGAUGCUCUAGGUUUUGCUAUUUAUGCAUCACAUGGAUAUAUAAAUUCCUUUCAUUUAUUUAUCCCAAUUACCUUUAUGUUCCAACCAUACUUCAACUAACUAUAUUGUUUCAAGCCUUUUUUGAUAAUUGCAACUUGUGGUUUUCUGCCUGUCUUUGUGCUUUUUAUUGUAUAAAAAUUGCCAAUUUCAGGAACAGGUCCUUCAUCUACCUGAAAGUAAGAAUUGACAGUAUGGUGCCCUGGCUUUUGUUGGGGUCAGGGAUUUUAGCUUUGACUGCUGGCAUAGUUGCCUAUGACAUCGCUGCCAAACCGCACUGCAACAACAGCAAUUCCACUGGACAAGGUAAUUUUGGGACAGCAGUUAUCAAAAUGGAUAAACAUUUUUUCCCUUCUUUUUUUUUCGCUGGCUUUGAAUAUGCUGUUUCAUUCAUGGCAGUCAUCUUUUCUGCUGUUUUCCUUCUCUUUUCUCUCUGGAGACACAAGCGCAACAUGCAGACAAACUCCAUGAACAGCCUCAGCGUGGAUGCCCACAUCAAAGCCAUGAAAUCUAUUCUCUCCUUCUUAGUGAUGUACAGCAUCAACUUUGUAUGUUUGGUCUUAAGUAUGGUUUAUGUCACAAGGAAGGGAAAUUAUAUGACAGUUCUCAUUGUAGUAUUUCAGUACACUUUUCCGGGUCUUCACUCCUUUAUUCUGGUUUUCAGCAAUCCCAAGCUGGAAAAGACACUACUAAAGAUUCUUCCCUGAGAAAGAAGUGUAAAGCACAAGGGUUGCAUGAGUUAG